ACAUGUCAAGCAAGUGAAAGACUUACGAGUAGAGAAAAUUGAAAAUUUAUGCAUUGAUCCAACUUAAAAAGAGAAAAUUAAUGUAGUGUAGAACCGUAACAAUUUACAUUAAUUAAGUUUCAUCUCCCUAUAUUUAUACUCUUCCAUCGUACAAAGUUAAACAAUCAAUUCUCAUUGUUACUUACACUAGGGAGUGUCUUCUGCCUUCAAACAUUCAACAUUAUUUUUUUUCCACAGGCAGCACCUCCUUCCUCAUGUACUAACUCUGGCUCUUGGUUUUGUCUUCAAUUCCUCUGUCAGCAGCACAAGGAUCAAGGAUUUUGUCUCAGGAUAUGAAAUUGGACUGAAAUUAAUGGUGGUGUGAGAGAGAAAGAAAAGAAAGAGAUAGAUAGCAGCUAUCUAUAGCUACUAGGAAGAGGAUUUUGUUCAACAAAGUGAGUGAUCCACCAUGGCCUCUUCAAAUUCACCAUGUGCAGCAUGCAAGUUCUUGCGUCGCAAAUGCCAACCCGAGUGUGCUUUUGCACCCUAUUUUCCUCCCGACCAACCCCAGAAGUUUGCAAAUGUUCAUAGAAUUUUUGGGGCCAGCAAUGUCACCAAGCUUCUCAACGAUUUGCACCCUCAUCAACGUGAAGAUGCUGUCAAUUCCCUUGCUUAUGAAGCUGAGAUGAGACUCCGUGACCCUGUCUAUGGCUGUGUUGGAGUCAUAUCACUCUUACAGCAUCAACUUCGCCAGCUUCAAAUGGAUCUCUACUGCGCCAAAUCUGAGCUCUCCAGGUACCAAAACCUAAGCACCAUCACCACCAAUCAUACCCUCAUGACCUCUGAAUCCGCCGCAGCCUUCCACCACCACCACCACCACCACCAGAACAACAACACUGCUAACAGCUUUGGCCGAGACCAUCACUACCACUUUCACCACCAUCAGUUUUUCCCCAGAGAUCAACACCAACAAGUAGCAAGAAGCUUUGAUGGAGGCAACAACUACGAUGCAAGCCUCUUGGCCAUGAACAUAUCUGCCAGCUUAGGGCAACUCAACCAGCUUCAGCAUCAGAGUGCUGCUGGCGGUGGCGAUGACCGCCACACUGCCAACCGCACCUAGGGUUUCAUCAGGGUUGUUGCCACAUAUAUUUAGUCAUGCAAUAGGUAAUUAAUUACUUUAGUUAAACUUUUCAUUUAAUAUGGUUCAUUUGAUUUGUGGUUUCUUGAUUACCAUCUUCAAAUCAUCUCCACCUGCAUAUUUUCUCACUCACAAUGUAUAAAUUUGGACUCACAACGCUGUCAUAUUCUUCAAUUCUAUACAUAUAAUGUAAGCAAUUCCUCAUGUGCUUGCCUAAGUCAAGUCAAUUUGGAAAUACUAUUACUCUACAUUGUGCUGUCUAAGUUUUGGAUAUGUCAAGCUCACUAUCAUUUGCUAUUGUCAUUGAUCUGCUGCAUAU